AUGCAUUUAAUUCACCCGGCAAUGCGAGAAUCACGAUCGCAGGUCUUCCAGGGCAUAUUGGAAUCUGAGCUAGUUGAUUUGGAUCAGUUGAGGAAGGCUUGCCUUGUAGGCUGCCCAGAGAACAAUAAAAUUAGGUCCAUAGUUUGGAAAUUGCUUCUGAAUUAUCUCCCCCCUCGAAGGUCCGCCUGGAAUAGCACACUAUCGAAAGCCCGAGAGGAGUAUGAGGGUUUCUUGGUCGAAUUCGUGGCCAACAGGUCAAGGUUGGAAAAGUCCGCCGAUCAUCCUUUGAAUAGCGAUCCUUGCAGUAAUUGGCGUGACUACUUUGAUGACAAUAGAAUCCUGCUGCAAAUAAAUAAGGACUGUCGUCGGCUGUAUCCAGAACUUGAUUUUUUUCGACGUCCAACACAGUAUCCUUGUAACGAAGCAUUCUCUGUAAAUGUCAGCGUUUCCGAUUUGCGCAGUCGAAUUGAAACUGAAUUAACUCGUUCACAUGACGUUGCAGUCAAUACCGUUGGCGCCCUGAAGCUGGUUACUAGUUGCGACAGCAUCCGGCGUUCGAAUUCUUUAUUGCAGGCUGCAUGUAACGAGUCUUUCGUGAAAGGCGAGUCCAUCGACACUGCGCAGUGUGACGAGCUACCUGGUCAUUUGGAGAUGCACUGGGAGGUGGUGCAACGCAUCAUUUUCAUUUUCUACAAAACUAACAAAGGUUCUUCCUAUGUUCAGGGCAUGAACGAAGUGGCUGGCCCUAUCUACUAUGUUUUCGCCAACCAUCCCGAUUCUGAAGAACGUCGUUAUGCCGAAGCGGAUACAUUUUUCUGCUUUUAUAAUUUGAUGGCGGAAAUUCAGAGUGUCUUCAAUCGCAACUUCGAUCAAGACAUUGGGAUUGGUAGCAAGAUGGAGCAGAUGGUGAAGCUGUUGGAAGUUUUUGACUCAGAACUUCUUCAUCACCUUCAUCGACUCCAUCUGGAACCCGCACAUUUCGCUUUACGUUGGAUCACCCUCUUGCUCGCUCGCGAGUUCCUCCUUCCAGAUGUCCUUCGACUGUGGGACUGCAUUCUCGCUGAUAAGCAUCGAUUUGAUCUGGUCUUGUACAUAUGCUGCUCAAUGCUCAUGUACUAUAGCACAGUUCCAAUUUUCUUCUACAGCUUAGUUAGAAACCGGUUGUUGGAUUGUGAUUUUCCUCAGGCCAUUCGCCUCCUUCAGGUACGCAGUUUCAUUUCGUUUUGA